UGUCUGCGAUACUAUCGAUUGUGACACCUCUUCUAGUUACCAGAUUGAAUGUGUGUCGGCUGACGGAAAAACAAAAAAACCAUUAGAAAUAUGGAUGCUAACAAAGCGGCAGAAACGGCAACCAAAGAAAAUGCCGCCGAUAAGGUAAGCGAGGUGGAAAAUGCAACGGGUGCAGCGGGGGAGGCGAAAACCGAGGGGGACCCGGGGCCCAAAGAUGCAGCUGAACCCCCUACCGCUACUGAAGUCGACGCCGCUGCCACUGAUGACGUCGUUGAUAAAAAAACGAAAGGAAACUCAACGGUAGUUUCAAAUCCCGAAUCGGAUGCAGCGGACAAAAAGGAGAAGUCCCCCUCGCCCGCUGUGAAGAAAUCCAAUAGUAAGGAUACUAAAAAGGAGGACGACUCUGAGAAGGAAGAGGAGAAUACGGAGGAUGGAGAUGAGCCGGAGGAAGACGAUGAUAAGGCAAGCGAUGCAGAAAGUGAGAAGAAAAAAUCAAAGCCAGAAGCAGAGGAAAAGAAAAAGGAUGCCACAGAUGAGGCCAAACCAAAGUCCGGAGCGGAAAAGGCCAAGAAACCGGAACCGAAGGCCAAAAACGGCAAGGUGGCCAAGGAUGAGGACGACGAUGAGGAGGACGAGGACGAUGAGGAUGGCGAUGAUGCUGAUGGAGAUGAAAACGAUGGCUUGGACAAGAACAACGAGGUUGCAGAAGACGAUGAAAAUGUUGUGGCUCUGGCCGAGAUCGAUCGGAUCAACGAGAACAUCAACAAGACUCGAGUUGAUGGUCUGCAGACCUUGCAUGCUAUCUGUUUUGGUGCCCAGGGCAAGAACAAUGUGGUGAAGAAGAACUUGCGUUCAUUUGCCGGAUUUGAAUUUGCCAAGGAUUCUUCGGAGUACAACAAAAAACUGGAGGCCAUCAAAAAAGUGGACAACAAGGGUCUGCGCAGCAUCUGUGAGAUCCUUACCCUCGAUCGCAAAGGCAGCAAGAACGAGACUUGCCUACGUGUGCUCAAAUUCCUAAUGGAACCCGACGAAUCGCUCUGCUUGGAGCAGGGUGAUGAGGAGGAGGAAGAUCCUGAUGAUGAGGAUGUGGACGAGGAUGAGGAGGAUCCGCCUAGCGAAGAUGACAAGAAGCGCAAGAGCGGAAAGUCGAGUAGCGCCGCUGGCAGAGGCUCGGCACGCAACUCCACCGGACGUCCAAGGCGAUCCACGGCAGGAAAAAAAAUGUCCGCCUAUGUAGAUUUCUCUAGCUCUGAAGAAAGCGAGCAGAAAGUGGCGGUGCCCAAGAGAAGACGUAAUGAUGACUCGGAGUCCGGCUCAGAUUACAAUCCCUCCGCCAACUCGGAUUCUGAUGGAGGUCGCGGUGGUGCUGGCGCAGCUGGUCGCAAAGGUCCAAGUCGCGGUAGUCGUGGUCGUCCGGCACGCAAAAGUCGUCGAAGAAACUCUGACUCAGAAGAGGAAGAGGAGUCUGAAGUUUCAGAAGCCGAUAGUGAUGUCCCAAAACGUAAACGUGGUUCCGUUGGUAAACGCGGCCGACCGGCAGCCCCUGCAUCAGCUGGACGGAGGGGUCGAGGGCGGGGAGCAGCUUCACGAAAGCGGAAGGACUCUGAUAGCGAAGAAGAUGAUAUUUCCGAGGAUGAAGAGGAGGAGGAGAUUUCCGAGUUUGGCAGCGAUCAAAGCGAGGAGGAACGUCCCAAAAAGAGUAAGAAGCCCACAACGCCUGCGAAAAAUAGCAAAGCUAACAACAAGUCAAAACCAGCUGCAAAGGCCGAUGGUCGAUCGAAAAAAUCAAAGAAAGAAUCGUCCGAUGAAGAGGAUGAUGUCGAUGACAAAGAUGAAUCCGACGAGGACGAGCCACUAACCAAAAAGGGCAAAUUGGCAUUCCCAACGGAUGAACAAAUUCGCGGUUAUGUCAAAGAGAUAUUGGAUAAGGCCAAUCUCGAAGAGAUUACCAUGAAAACAGUGUGCAAGCAGGUGUAUGCUAAAUAUCCAGACUUUGAUCUAACCGACAAAAAAGACUUCAUUAAAGCCACAGUCAAAGCGUUAAUUGCGACAUAAAACCACUUAGAGAUGAAGUCACUUUGAAGAAGGGGAGGGUCCAGGUCCUGUAGACAAACAAACAAACAAACAACAUAACAAAAUAAACCGCGACAGAAACGUCAGCAAGUUGUUUGCCCAGACGAAACAACGUUGGGCAUAGUUUGCGAAAUGUAACUCUUAGUAGUUGUCCUAUAAGUAUAUGAUUUGUACUCCUAUCCUAAAACCUAACUGCAGUUUACCUUAAUCCUAACGUCAGCAGCAGUAGAGUAUCCAUUCUUAUAUAUAUUCAUCUGUAUAUAUAACUUUUUAUUUGUCCAAAAGUGCACACGCAUACACAUUAUUUUCUAUUUUCUUGAAGGUAUGUGCUCUCGACAGCUCUGCAAAAAGUGUGUAAAAUAAGCAAAAAAAAAAUGUAAAAAUCCGAUUAAAAACUAAACUGUAGUGCAUUUUGAUUUGACGUUCAACAAGAAAUUAUGUAUUUAAAAUUAAGGUACAAGAAAUAAUAAACAAAAAGCAAAUUGAAAAUUGAAAAA